AUGGAUCUUGAAGAUUGGGAAAUACUCCCUAAAAACAUCUACAAGGGUCUAGAUCUCGACCACGAAGAGGAUCAUGAAGAAGCGAUGAAGUUGAUCAGAAACACCGGAAAAAGCUUCGACAUGGAUUACUUCAUCUGCCCAACACAAGACUCUGUGGAAAAAUCGAGCGUGGUCCCCACAGAGACACAGCUCCUCCAAGUUCCCAUAACUUGGGAACCUGUAUACACCGUGGAGGACACAUAUCACAAGAACGAGAAGAACCCGGAUCCGGAUUUCUCGGACCUAGACCCGGAGCUUUUGACGGACUCUGUUCCGUCGCCGAGAAUAACCUUCAAAACAACGAAGGAAAACGAAUUUGCCGACAUGAAAGUAGACAUACCAGCGAGGUUCACAAGUCAUCUACCUCUAAAAGAUGAGAAGCUCUCAGACGCGAAAGGAGGGUUAGGAGGAGACUACUACGACGAAACCAUGGGAUCAGAGGUUGAAGACGAUGGUGACUUGAGGAGCAAGAAAGAGGUUGAUUGGAAUGAAGGUGAUGAGAAAAUGAAUAUGUGGAAGAAGGGUCUUAAUGGGAUUGGAGCUAUAUGCUCAUUUGGUGUUGCAGCUGCUGCAGCCACCAUCUGUGUCUUGUUCCUUGGACACAACAGUAACAUCCAAGGUUGUCGGAACAAGAACCAGAUCCUCAGGUUCCAGAUUUACUCUGAUGAUAAUAAGCGAAUGAACGAAGUAGUGAAGCAUGCAACAAAAUUGAACGAAGCAAUCUCUGUGAUGAAAAGUCUUCCGGUGGCAAGAGCUCAAAUCUCAUUUGGAGGAUACUACAAUGGACUUUAA